AUAUCAUAUUAGCUUUGCUAUCCCAACGGCAGUGCCUUUAGGAAAGAAUAUCACGAGCUAGACUGAAGAAACUUGCAAAUGUAAAUGUUAAGGGGAAGGUCCGAGGAAUAAACACCGCCAUGGCCAGUGGUACACCCUACAAACCCUACCGCCACCUCAAAACCCUCACCGCCCACACACGUGCCGUCUCGUGCGUUAAGUUCUCCAACGAUGGCACCCUCUUGGCCUCGGCCUCCCUUGACAAAACGGUGAUCGUGUGGUCCUCCCAAACUCUCUCCCUCGUCCACCGCCUCGUCGGUCAUUCCGACGGGGUCUCCGACCUCGCCUGGUCCUCCGACUCCCACUACAUCUGCUCCGCCUCCGAUGACCGCACCCUCCGAAUCUGGGACGCACGAGCCGCCGCUACCGAGUCGGCGCACGUGAAGACUCUGAGGGGUCACUCCGAUUUUGUAUUCUGUGUCAACUUCAGCCCGCAGUCGAACCUCAUCGUGUCCGGGUCAUUCGACGAGACGAUUCGCAUAUGGGAGGUCAAGACCGGCAGAUGCCUCCACGCAAUCCGGGCCCACUCCAUGCCUGUAACGUCCGUACACUUCAACCGGGACGGUUCGCUUAUCGUCUCCGCUAGCCACGACGGCACCUGCAAGAUCUGGGACUCCUCCACGGCCACGCUUCUCAAGACGCUCAUCGACGACAAGGUCCCCGCCGUGUCGUUCGCCAAGUUCUCACCCAACGGCAAGUUCAUUCUCGUCGCCACGCUCAACGACACCCUUAAGUUGUGGAACUACUCGACUGGAAAGUUUUUGAAGAUUUACGCGGGGCAUGUGAAUAGAGUUUACUGUAUAACAUCCACAUUUUCUGUCACAAAUGGGAAAUACAUUGUAAGUGGGUCAGAGGAUCGCUGUGUUUAUUUGUGGGAUCUCCAGCAGAAAACUAUGGUUCAGAAACUUGAAGGUCACUCUGAUACUGUUAUUUCUGUUACCUGUCACCCGACUGAGAACAAAAUUGCUUCUGCUGGCCUUGAUGGUGAUAGAACUGUGAGGAUUUGGGCUCAAGACUCAUGAUUUCCUUCGAAACCGUAUGUGGAUUGUAUAAACCAACCUGGCUCUGUA